UCGCGGGCUGCAGCUUUUCUUUGGGUGAGGCGGGGGGCAUGAAGAGGAGGAGCGCGGUGAGGUCUCGGGGAGCUACUUUCUCGAGUCGGGGGCCUCAGAAGGACUUAGACUGCGAGGCUUCUCACUGCUGCUCCCCUUCUCCGGUAGAAAGGGGGAGCUGUAAUCAUGGCAAUGACUGGUCCGGCACCUUGCUCCUCUAUGAGCAACCAUACUAAGGAACGAGUGACAAUGACAAAAGUGACAUUAGAAAACUUCUACAGUAAUCUGAUAGCACAACAUGAAGAACGGGAAAUGAGACAAAAGAAGCUAGAAAAAGUGAUGGAAGAAGAAGGCUUAAAAGAUGAAGAGAAAAGAAUGAGAAGAUCAGCUCAUGCCCGAAAGGAGACGGAGUUUCUGCGCUUAAAAAGAACAAGACUUGGGUUGGAAGAUUUUGAGUCUUUGAAAGUAAUUGGCAGAGGAGCAUUUGGAGAGGUGCGGCUUGUUCAGAAGAAGGACACAGGUCAUGUGUAUGCAAUGAAAAUCCUACGCAAAGCAGACAUGCUUGAAAAAGAGCAGGUUGGCCAUAUUCGAGCAGAACGUGACAUCCUAGUGGAGGCAGACAGUUUGUGGGUUGUAAAAAUGUUCUAUAGCUUUCAGGAUAAGCUAAACCUCUACCUAAUCAUGGAGUUCCUGCCUGGAGGUGAUAUGAUGACAUUAUUAAUGAAAAAAGAUACUCUAACAGAAGAAGAAACUCAGUUUUAUAUAGCAGAAACUGUGUUAGCUAUAGAUUCAAUUCAUCAGCUGGGUUUUAUUCAUCGUGAUAUCAAGCCUGAUAAUCUUCUCUUGGACAGUAAGGGCCAUGUGAAACUGUCAGACUUUGGUCUGUGCACUGGACUAAAGAAAGCGCAUAGAACAGAAUUCUAUAGAAAUUUGAGCCACAAUCUUCCUAGUGACUUCACAUUUCAAAAUAUGAACUCGAAAAGGAAAGCAGAAACUUGGAAAAGAAACAGGCGACAAUUGGCCUUCUCUACUGUGGGGACUCCAGAUUAUAUUGCUCCAGAGGUCUUCAUGCAGACCGGCUACAAUAAGCUCUGUGACUGGUGGUCUCUUGGAGUCAUCAUGUAUGAGAUGCUAAUUGGUUACCCCCCUUUCUGUUCAGAGACUCCUCAAGAAACAUACAAGAAAGUGAUGAAUUGGAAAGAGACCCUAAUAUUCCCCCCAGAAGUUCCAAUCUCUGAGAGAGCCAAAGAUCUUAUUCUGAGAUUCUGCUGUGAAUGGGAACAUCGAAUUGGUGCUCCAGGGGUUGAAGAAAUUAAAACAAACCCCUUUUUUGAAGGGGUUGACUGGGAGCAUAUCAGGGAGAGACCAGCUGCGAUAUCCAUAGAAAUCAAAAGUAUUGAUGAUACAUCAAACUUCGAUGAAUUUCCAGAAUCGGAUAUACUUAAACCUGCAGUGACCACAAGUAACCACCCAGAGACGGACUACAAGAAUAAAGACUGGGUCUUUAUCAAUUAUACGUACAAGCGUUUUGAAGGCCUGACAGCUCGAGGGGCAAUACCAUCUUACAUGAAAGCAGGAAAGUAGUGACUCAGGAUGAAGUAUUCCCGGAUUUUCGUUCUUGCUUGUCAACACACAGAUUUUUUUUUUUUGUGCUUCAAAAACUGUACCUGAGGGCUGUGAACUCUUGAAGAGUGCAUAAUAACAUCUUAUAUAACAUGUUUACAACAGAUUUAUCUAUGGAAAACUCCCAUAAACUGCACUUCCUGUCUGCUUUUGCAGGCUUUAUUGCAGAUAUAGGUUCCUCUGGCUUAGUUAAAAUGUGUAAGACUGUUAUUCUAUCAACAGGAGGGAAGAGCAAGCUUUUACUUAGGAACAUGGCAAAGCGUAGCAUAACUGUGUUUUUCUUAGAUGUUCUCUCCUGAAAAUGCUAUGUAAGCACUGUUUUAAGGGCUGAGGUAUUCAAGAGAAAACAGAGCAAUAACUAGUGUGAAGUAGACCAAAUACAUUGUAACUUAUCCCAUAGGAGGGCAAAACCUAUAUUGCCUUAAAGGUCACUCAAGUAUUUUAUACUUUCUUCAAAAGAUUUUGGAUAGAAUUUUUUCAACCCAACAAUAGCCUCAAAAGCUGCUGCACUUUACUUUUGGUACUAAAAUAAUGAUCCUAAAAAUAUUAAGCUGUUUUCUAAAUUUCAGAUUUGUGGAACCUUAUGCUUUUUAUAAGCAAUUUCAGGAGCGCUGGGGUGAUUUGAGAAAUUUAUGUAAUUUUUUUAUCUGGUAAAAAGCAGACCACUGGCAAUGGCAGUGUUAGCUUGCUAAAGCUAAUACUGUAAGGAGGCCUGUGCUUAAUAGAUUUGGGAGUAGAUCAAGAAGACAGCUCCUCUUUCUUUUGCUAAUCAAAGCCAAGAAGUUGUUUCAGGCAGAGAAUGGCACUGUGAAAGUUUUAACUCAUAGCGUGAGAUAACUUGUGUGCUUCAUCCUUUGAAGCUUGAGGGCUGAGAGACCAUAAGUGCCUUCAAAAUACUUCCUCUAGAGAUCUCAUCGGGUAAUGGAGACUAUUUUAAUUAAGCUGGAUUGUUCAUAUUUUCUUUGUGCUGUAGUUCCACACUUUGGACUUUGCUGUGGCAUUGAUCCUACUUUCAUGUUGUUCUGGUAAUCCAAGUGUGCUCCAGCCCUCUCAAUCUCUGCGUGAUAAAGUGGGCUGCCAACACUUCCUAUUUCAGAUACAAUUGCCACUUGCUGUCCUGUGCAUGUCACUAUCUUUAAAUUAGUUCCAGAUGAUAGUAAGUUCCACAAAGACAGGGUAGUUGUACAGUAAGAAACCUAGUGCACCUGAGAGCUGAAGGGAAAGGAAAAUCUAAGGGCUGAGGUCUAAAUACACACUUUUGGAAAUUACAGAUUCACCUGAAUAUCAGGUGAAUUAAUUUUUAAAAAGCAUGAAGCUUUUCUUUAAUGAGUUCUUGGCAGUUUUAUCUGGUGAACUAGUAAGCCAAAAGCAGUUCUCAGAUCAGAUUUAGGGACCAGGACUCGGUGGCUGCCAUUCAGGAGGCUCUUCCCUCUCCCUUUAGAACAGAUAAAACCUGGAAGUAGUAUCUCAGGAGCCUGUAGCUUAGCCAUUCUCAGUGAAGUAGUUAAACAAUAUUUGAUUUUGUCCUUAUCCUGUGGGAGUAUGAGGGACUCUUUUCCCAAAGUAACAAGUAAAAAGUGUUUUAGUAGACAUUGUACCAUACAGAGUUACAUGUUCACUAAGAUAACGUGUCCCAUGUUCCCCUGAGGUAAAGUGGUUUUAAGUGCUAACCUAAAAUGUUCCCCUUACAUUCUCUCUCUCUCUCUUUUGUCCAGUGUUAUUAUUACCCUACCUUGGCAUUCCUAUAAAUCUUGCUUUAUGACCAGUUUUCUUGAUGUGGAACUACACAGAAGCUUCAGUAAAAUGGAAGCUAAAUAUUAUUCAUUUAAAUGCCAUCCAAGAAAUGUGUUUAGCAAGGCUACAAGAAUUGACCAUUGGUUCUAAUUUCACAUACCCACUGAGCCUGGUUUAUACUUAUUCCUGUAUUCCAAUGACAUGUCCCACCCCUGGUGGGUCUAGAGUUUUGCUUAUUUGCUAUGUAAUGAUGGGUUUAAAUUUAAAUUUCUGGUGCUUGCUGAAUAUUGAAAAUACGUAGCAGACAUAACUGGUGCUUAUAAAGCCUUAAAGAAAAAGCUGUGGAGGACCUCAGGAUAACCUGAUUGCCCAGAGAGCUGCCUAGCUAGCUUGCUUACACAAAAGGAAAGGAAAUAUUGUUGCAUGCCAUCUCCUUAAGGUUCUUCUGCAUUACGACCAGAUCACAAAGCUGCUCUGUGCCACCAUAUGACAGAUUUUGAGCGCAAGCAUUGUAUAAGAGUGCAUAGACUGAAUUUCAAUAUAGGGCAUUUUUAUUUUACUCCUGGAAGAUUUACUCUAUGUUGUAAUAAGAACUAGUAGAACAUAUUGAUGCAAGCAAGAGUGUUAUCCUACAUCCUGUAGUCUGAGCAGCAGCCAAGAUCACAGUUGACUCUCCAGGUAUCACCUAGUGACACCAUCAGUGGGAUGAGGCCAGGCCAGUCAAGCACAGUAUGCACCAACAAGCUUGUGAAAAUUAUGCACUUGGAAAUCCAUGAUUUGUGUUCUGUUAAAAAGAAAACAAAAAAGUAGCCAUAGAAGCAUUAUAGUUUGGAUUCCUGUCAUGUUAAAAAAAAGAAAAAGAACAACAUUAAAGUGGUCUUUUCACCAAGCAGACCAUAUGUUUGUAAAUGUAAUGUUGACUCUCUCAAUGGAAGUUAAGGCAAUGGUUCAUACGAGUUCCAUUCCAGCAGUAAGCUUCCCUUUUCUAACCACAGUUAGGCAUUACACAGUUAGAUCCUAAGGUGAACCAAGGUUCCUAUUUAACUAGGUUCUGAAACCAUUAAGUUUUGGUUAUGCAAGAAUCCUGAUAAGCCUUAACUGCCAUUAGUCUCAGUGUUGAUGUUAAUGCAUAACAAUUCAGACAGAAGCAAGUGCAUAAUCCACUAUCAGCUCCCAAAUCUCCUAUUGCUGGCUCUGUCACCCUGGCAACCCCAUGGUAAAUUCUCAAAAAAGGUCACUAUCUUGGCAGGAAGCAGUUACCCAGCUUACUAGUCCUGCCAGUACAUACAAUUUGCUGUUCUCUGCCUCACUGAAAUAUGCAUUCAUGUUGCUCCAGCUCAGCCCUAAUGAUACGAGAUUAGGACUUUUGGCAUAUGUGAGUACAGGAGAAAAUAAAUUUCCUGGCAAGUAAAAGUAAGUGGCAGUGCCAGUUGUGAUUCCUGGCAGAGUACUACACUUAGGUACUAUUCAACCAAUGUGCCUGGGUUCUGCCUUAUUUUGGCAGGAGACAAUUGUUUUGUAUCCGCAUUCACCUGUUACUUAUUGCAGUAUAUGAUUUGGUAUACUUUGUAUGUGAUUCCUGGGUUUUGUGUGAGACCAACUCUUUCAUGGAACAAUCUUUGUAUUUGAAACUCUUUAAAUUCCUCUUUAAUAAAUGUACUUUUUCUAAUA